AUGGUCCUGACUGAGAAAAGAGAUAUAAAAGAGCCAUCUAUCUUUAAGGAAAUUAUAGAUAAUAAGAAAGAGUUUGUUAAGAAACUAGAUCAUCAUAGUAUCGAUUGGCGCUACCAAAUCUUCUCCAAUAACGAAGAGGGCUUUCCUCGCGAAGAAGAGUCCAUAGAGCCUUAUAUCAUCACCACCAAGUGCAUUCGCGAGUUGAUGCAGGCCUAUGAGCUGCUCUCUAGCAUUGAGGCUAAAGAGACUCAAACCUAUGCGUUCCUUCUAAACGGUCGAGGCGCAGGCCAUAAGAACACCAACUUAAAUGACAUAAUAACCAUACUAACCACAAUGGCCAAAACUCGCAAGCUAGUGUGUAUCACCGGCGAGUCAAGUUGGCGCCCAUGUUCUAAAGAGUCAGAUAUUUCUGACACUGAUUGUGUGGCCUUUAUUCUAAACGCAUUGGCACCAUUUGCUGUUGCUAAGAUAAAGCUCAAAGACCUUGUGUUAGAAGGCCUAUCUGAUGUCAUGACCAAGAAUAGAUUUAAGUCCCCAUCGAUAAGCAAGAAAAAUGUCCCGCCAAAUCCAUACAGACAUAUAGAAGAGCUUUAUCUUGAAAAUGUUUAUGAUAUCGGGGACUUGCUAGUCCAUGUUAAUCAUAGAUACAGUGACCAUACGUACCAAUAUCCUUGUUACCAGAAGGCAAACGAGCAAGCGGUCAAUGACAUCUUUAACUCCCUUUAUACCAGAAUUGUCGAUGCUAAGCCGGAAUCUGCCAAUCUUAUACAAAGCACCAACCCCCACCACACUACAGCCCCACUUCGAAUGGAUGAUAUGUUUCUUCUCUCACAGUUCAACUCCGAGAAGCUUAAUAACAAUGCCAACUACGAUAAGAAUGAGCCUAUUCCCAUUAGCGAGAUGGAGCGCAUUGCCUAUAAAUACUCACUAAUCAAAAGCAGAACCGAGCUAGAAUGGAGGUCCUUUUUAGAACUAUGUACCAACCUAUCGACCUUAUACAUCCACAACUCAACCCUCCAAGAUAUGACCAUAAAUAGCAACCUCCAACUAAAGCAACCAGAUUCAACAGAUAAGCCCGGCAUAGCUUCUUGGUAUCUCCCUAACCUGCGCUAUUUGAUUCUCUCCUGUAAAACAAUCUGCUAUGCCGAUCUCUUGAUUCUAAUCCAUGCUUCCAAUUUGUUGGUCUUUUCACUAGCCUAUACACCAUGCUCCGACUACUCAUUGGGUCCGUAUCAAACCUCUCUCUUGCUUAACCUAAUCCCCUUGGUACAAACUCGCAUUUUCAAGGAGAGGCUGGCGGCUGUGCCUGUGGCUGGUAUAGUGUUCCAAGUAUCUCCCGCCGAAGCGGAUGCAUUGUUUGAGAGAGAGGGGGUGACUUGCCGUGUCGCCAUGAUAGAAGCUUAUAUCUGGGCCCAGUUAGCGCCCCUAUUCUACCAAGGCCGCACAAUGGUAGUGGUUGAUCUUGAUGGUCUCGCAUAUCUACUAGAUAACAAGUUUCUAAAUCCAGAUACUCUUCAACGGGUGUACCUCGUCGGCCAGGACUUGACCCUUCAAAUACUCCACAUUGCCGAGCACGGACAACUAUUCCGAGCCAAUAUAUACAGCGGCCAGGCUCUAAUGGUUCCACUUUACAAAAUGUGUUCUUGGCUAACCCAAGGCAAGCAUCUCCGGCAUCUAGUUGCUGUAAUAGAAGCAUCACACAUAUCUCUAACCAAAGCCAUCGUGCGAAUCAACAACCUCACCUGUACUGAUAAGCAAAACCAGGACCGCCCGGAUGAGUUUUACGAGCAUCUAAAAUACCGAACCCAACUUAAGCAGGGCUGUGUGCCUGUGAUCGGUAUUUUGCCUCCGAAAUACUUUAGCCAUUACUCAGUAGGUGGGCAUAUGUUUGGUUUCUUUGCCAUGCUAUUUCAGAGUCUUGAGGUCUUCAACUACUUCUAUGCGCAUGAGGUCCCAAUAGUAGGGGUCGGACUAGCCCCAUGUACCGGCAACUGCUACAAAGUUGGUUCUUUCCUGUCGAACACUGUCGGUGCCUUGACAUUUGCUAGCUACCCCCCUCCUUUAGUGAAUGACCCUAAGAUAGAGGAACCGUAUAUUUCAGCCAAUGUUACCCCAAUCUUCCAGGAGAUCCAGAAUCGAAGGGACAUAGGUACAGUGGAAGUACUUAAGGGCCAAAAAGACCAUUUCUCUUAUCUUCUGAGUGCUUUUAAGAAAGUGCAGCGGUGUUGCCAUGAUAAAACCGGAGAUCAAAGUUCAUGGACAGCUUACGCAUACGAGGGCAGCUUGACUAGUAUACAGAACGCCUAUGGCGAAACAAUUACCAGGGAUAAUAAGAAUAGGGUAUCCCAGCUCCUAACUAAGUUAAACCUGGAAGAAUUCUUUGGGCUACUCCCAAAUUUCGAAGAGCAUACGAAAGCUAAACAGAUCGCUAAGAAAGUCCCAACGCCAAUUCCAAUACUAACCUGCUACAAAACGCAAUGUUUUCUAACUCCAUCAACUCUUAUACCUUCAUUGAAAAAGUCAGAUAUAGUCUUCCAUAUGUCGAGUCCAUGUUCUACAAGUCCUUCAUUCAUAACUGCGCCAACGACUUCAACCAUUAAAGAUAAGACGAGCAAAGGGCCUAGUAAGCCCGACGGCGCUUAUGUAAGGACAAGUGCAAUACGCCAAGAUUGGUCAGAUUUCAAGGCCGCCCUGGCAGCUUGUGGCGGCACACUCAAUAAUAGUACAAUACUAGCCCCAUCCACUAGCGAUCUCCAAAGGAACAGCAGCACCCCAGCGGAAGCUAUUGCCGACUACUUCGAAUCGCUAUCAAGAGCUCCCCGCCCUCUAAAUUCCAACAAACCAGAUAACUAUGCUUUGAAGGAAUGCUACCAAACCCAGCUUAGCAUUAUCUUUAAAGGUAAAUAUCGGCCGAGCCUAAGUAUGUACACAAUGGCAUUGCCCGCUUAUAUUCCGACCAAUGCUGAUAUUAGUACUGCUAUAUUUCAUCAGUUCCCUCUCACUUACUGUGUGGCCGGAGUAGACAAAGCAGAAUCCGAGCGAAAGGCUUUAGUCAAAUGUAUGAGAGACCUAUCACACUUCCAGAAGAAGAACUAUUACCUAUACCAGCAUGACACCACUAUAGACAUGAAGACCCAUGAGGGGAGGAGCGGGUUCGAUAGGUACCACGCCUCCGCCUUCAAUUAUAUGUGGGACUGUAUAAAGGCGCUUCAUAGCAUCCGGGAGUGCGUUGAUCCUAAAACAGGCAAAUUGUGCACCACCCUAGCGGGCAGUAUUCGUCCUGCUCUGGCAAUAGAGGCUAUUAAGGAAGUUACCGAGGGCCCCUUCGACCGCUUGAGGAGCAGAAUUGUUUGUAAUGAUAUUUACAAUACUUACAAUAGUAUUGCCUCCCCCGACAUUCUACCAAUUAGUAUUGUAUGCGAUGCCCUCACCAAUGCCACCAACCCCGGACAAACACCUCAGGACAAACCAGCCACCACAAAACAAGGCCAACCCAAUACUAAGACCAUCCAGACCCAUAUGGGCAACUUCUCUAUAUACUACCACCACGAAAAAGGACUAAACACAGACCAAACACUUCCAGUCCUCCACUCUUCCCACGCCGACCCAAGCAACUAG